AUGGAUGAGAAUCCUGACAGUGCUCUGCAUUAUGGGCAUUUGGGACGACCUGUCUAUCUUCCUGAUACGAAGGCCUGGACAUUCACUCGUUCCUUGGCUAGAGUUCCCUCUAUCGAAUAUACUGGAGUGACGGAAACAAAAUUACCGUCACCUUACUUUACAGAAGCGCGACCUUCACCGAGGGUGCCUGAAAAGGAUGCCGGGAAACUCAUCGCAAGCUCCCACCCCGAACUAGCAGCCUCGUGGUCCUCUUUUCGUCAAGAACCUUUGUCAAAAGCCGUGAUCAAUACAACCAAGCACUAUGAUCCCGAAGUAUCUUCACUUUUUGAUAUUGGUUAUGCCCUCGAUCUAAGGCGCCGCGAUAGGAGGCUUCGCUCGGUCCCAAUCGCAGUGGCCGUGACCGGAGAAUGUCGCAACAUAAUUACAUUCUUACCAAUGGAAGAGGAAACUCUACAUUUAGCAAUGGAGGACUCUACGAUACGUGUCCCAUCAAUUCAUGACUCAGAAAAGUCUGAAUGGUCCAAGUGUGGUGCGCCGAUCCGUCAGGUUCACUUUGCCCGGUCCUUGGAGGAGAAGCCGAUUUUCAUGGCCGCUCGUCUUCCCAUAACAACCACAAUAUUCCGACCUCUCUACCACUGGGAACCUGUGCAUAUGCACUUCCCAGUGGAUGUCAUGAUGAAAUCUCCAAAAUCUCUACAGAACUCUCGACUUGAUGCAAAUCCAAUAUUGGAAAUAUCGAUCGCGGAAACCGGCGGUUUCUCGCAUGCCGAUGUUGCAUUCAACCCUUGGUAUCAAAAACAAUUUGGCAUUGUAGAUGUCAAAGGUAAUUGGUAUGUUUGGGAAAUCACAGGCAGGCAGCGAUCAAAAAAGGCCACUUGGUCAGCCGUACCUGUGCGGAACAAUAAACUGCCUUCAGUGGAUCACAAACCCAAGUCGCGCCGCCCUCAACUUGAUGGCUGGGCAUGUAUCGAGUGGAUAAGUGAUGUUGGAACAAUUCUUGUCGCCAACCGCCACCAUAUCUUGAUCUAUCCAAUUGUUGAUACUCAAAUUCAACCAAGGACGGUUGAACUUGGGAUGUCAAAGCAAUCCGAAUGGAUUUUAGCGGUGCAAAGAAACCAACGCAACCCAUCACAGUUCUUUGUGCUGACAACGGCUCGAAUACUGUGGUUUGAUGCUGCGGUCUUGACUGACAAGGAACAAACGAACUUGUACUUGGUUUUAUUCUCACAGCUCACUCAACUUGUGCAAAUAUUCCCAUGUCCAUUCAUAGCCGACGAACAGACUGAGGCUUUAUCAGUUUCUGACCCAAUGAUUCUUGAUGCACCGAUUUUGACGGACAUAUCAACAGUGCAACGCGAUUCGCAUGUGGGAUUCUCAUCAUUCAUUUUCAAAGAAGUUGCCCACACCGCAACGCUGAGCAAGAACUUUUACAAUCCAAAUUUGACCAUCAUCAAGCUUUUUUGGAUGGAUUCCAAUCUUGCUAUUCAUGAAUCGAUCUUCAAGGGCCCUGAAGGAGACCCCGAUGAACCGGACUUAUACCGCGAAGACAAUAUUCUGCGACCUAGAAAGCGAUAUGCUCCAACAAAACUUGUCCGAGUCGACGAUGGCUUCAUUGUGGAUGAUUGGGACGAAUCAGUAACAACGCAGAAAAUUGUUCAUCGCCCCCAAAGCAAGAAAACUCCAACAAGGGCAGGAUCUGAUCUCCAGUGGACCCUGGACUUUUCAUAUAUCUAUGAACAAGCGAUUGGGACAGCGGAAAUCAUUCAGACGAAGUCAGCCCAGAAAAGGCGGUCGAAGCCAAAAUCACGGACCGUGGAAGAGUUGAUUGUGACUCUACAAAGCGACAUGAAGAAAACGAAGCAGACUCCAAGCAAAACACUGGUCGAGAUGGGCGGCAACAGAAUUUUGGGGGACGACCUCGACCAGAGCGCGGAUGAUUUGAAGCGUCUCGUGUCAGAACUGAUACCCAAAGCCCAGGACCCUGACGCCAAAUCUCAAAUCAUGACUUUGUCGCUUGGAUUUUCGAAAGAAUUGCAGGACUUUCCAGUCACUUUAUCCGAAGACGCUGACAUAGGGCUUCUUCAAACAUACGAUCGAUUAGUCGAUGAUUGGGUGUCCAAUCUUUCUCACCAUAUCCCUACGCACACCCGAAUUAUGAAAGAAAGGGUAAUUCGAGGAGUUGCUGUCGAUCUUCUUUUAUCACGUCUUAUCCGCGUCUCCAACACCUUGGAUGCCGUGAUCCAAAACCCUGUCGAUCAAAAUGAAAAGGCCGUGGCACAGAACAAGUUCUUACAUUCAAGCUACUUGCCAUCGUCACAGAUCCCUACAAGUCAGGCGCCAAUCUCUGGUAGUGCUCUUGGUUCUCGACGGAACCCAGGCUCGAUCAAUCAAACGAAAUAUGCUGCAACACCAGCCCUGAGCGGCCUUUCAGCAUUUACUACCUUCAAGACUCCCCGUGCGACCCCCCGAAACGUGGAAAAUCUACUUUCUCACUGGUCAGUGGGACGUCAUCCCUCUCAAUAUGUUUGGGAGAGAAUUGAAGACGAAGAGACACGGCGUGCCACGAGGGCCAACACACCCAGAAACAGACGAAAGAAACGCUCUCAGACUCGCGACUUAUCCCUUCCGCCAACCCCGGCUGUGCCUACAGUCCGAGCAUGGGGUAGUCAACCUGAUGGCCCUCCGCGUAGCAACUUCACUAGUAGCCAGCCCAUGGAGGGUGUCUCCAUGACCCAAAUGGAGCGAGGAGUCUUCGGAGCUCGCGAUCCCUUCAAGAAGCCCAAACCCAAGAAAAAGAAGCGAGCGGCAGGAUUUUAA